AUGGCAAGCAACGGCAAAUAUAUUCUGGCAAAUGACGAAGCCCAUUCAAGCGAUGGAGAACUCGAGCAGGAAGCAAACCACAGUGGCAUCGACGAAAAUAACAGCGACCAUGAUAGUGAAUGCUCAGAAACCGAUAGCGAUUGUAGCAAACGCCCUGGAAGCAGCAGUGAUAGUGAAAACCAGGAUGGCAGUGAGAAUGACGGAAGCACUAAUGACCGUAGCAGUGCUUACAGCACAGGAAGUGUUCGUUCUCUUAUCGAAGACAAGUUGCCCAGCCCCACACAAAAAAACCAGCAAACUAGUAGCACGAACUCGGAACCCCAAUCAAACCGGACUGCAGAGCAAGAGAGAGAGGAUAAUAGCACCAGUGACCGCAUGAAGCAGAUUGAGAAGGUCCUCGCCGAUCUGACGAAAGCUAUUAGCCACUUCGAGUCCAGCACCUCGCAACCGAUGAAUCGCGAAACUGAAAAAAGUUGGGAUUUCAGCCGUGAAUCUCCUAAUGCCCAAUGUUUAUACUCAAACGUGCGCCCGAACAUAUUAAGCCCUUCCACAGUGGCGUCCGCCCCAAUAAAAUGUGGUCCGAGUGGUACGAGUUCAUCGAAAACUUUGAAGUUGCGGUGUCCUUGCAUAAUGCGAACGAUCCCGUGA